AUGCUCGGCCGAGUAGACACGAGUGAAUUCGACGUCGACCACAAGUUGGUUAUCGUGGCUGGGGCCUCGAAGGGGUUAGGGCGCGCACUGUCGCUGGAGCUCGUCCGCCGGGCCCUCGAGGAGACCAGGGAGCUUAUGGAGAGUAACAAGCGGCGCGUUUACCAGCGCAUCGAAGCAACAAAUUUAGAUCUCGUUGAUUCGCAAAUGGAGGCACAAGCGAAGCAGAUCGAAUUCUUCGUCAACAUCACAGCUGAUUCCAUCCGGAGCUGCAUGGACAAGAACUUCAUGUCCUCCACUUUCAUCGCCCACGCUGUCAUGAAGCGGUGGAUUGCAGACUCGAGCAGCUGUCGUGGGGGCGGUAAUCAUAGCUCCAAUCCCCAUCGCCAUCUCAUGUUCACUGCUUCUACGGCUGCCUUGGUUGCCGUCCCGGGGUACGCGGUAUAUGCCCCUGCUAAAGCAGCGAUCCGGGCGUUGGCGGAUAUUCUGCGAAUGGAGGCGCUGAUGUACGAGUCAACCGUGUCGAUUCGCAUUCACUGCUCGUUUCCAGGGACGAUAUACACGGAGAGCUUUUACGAAGAGCAAGAGAAAACGCCAGGGCUCUGUAAGCAUAUCGAGGGCCCUGUGGAAGACGGUGGGGGGCAGUCUGCUGGGGAGAUUGUGAGCGGGAUACAUACUGUCGGGUUUGGAUUCUGA